GUUAAGCAAAUUUGUAGCUUGCAGGAACUGUCUGUGUAAACAUGAAAAACGCUUUUCACUCCUCGCUUCACAGAUCUGACCAGAGAAGCUAGGAUAGCUUUGUCGAGGGUACUUCCUAAUGGGUGACAGUCCAGAUCUUCGUCUAGGAAAUGCACAGAUAGCGGCUGGAGAAAUCGACCACGUUGAGUUGCUGUCUUCGCAAUCCAGCGCCCUUUUCCGCUCGCAAGAAUUUACAGAUGUUACCUUUAAUGUUGAUGGCUCGAAGAUUUUCGCUCACAGGGUCGUUUUGGCUGCCCGGAGUGAGUAUUUCAGGGCGCUGUUGUAUGGAGGAAUGAGAGAAACCAACCCAGAAACUGAGAUCGAAAUUAAAGACACUACGGCUUCCGCAUUUGAUGCCUUACUCAAAUAUAUUUACAGUGGAAAAAUAUUUCUCGGCGAUUAUAAGGAGGAAACGAUCUUGGAGCUGUUAAGCCUUGCACAUAAAUAUGGUUUUCUUGCUUUGGAAAGUGCACUUCAAGGAUAUUUAAAAUCCAUAUUAAGCAUCAGAAACAUAUGCGUAAUUUUUGAUGCCGCGGUACUCUACCAAAUGAAUGAUUUGUGUGCAACUUGUUUGAGCUUUCUGGACAGGAAUGCUGUGGAGGUUUUAUCAACAGAUGGCUUUUCGUGCUUAACGAAAUCAGCUUUGAUAGAAGUUGUCAAAAGAGACUCGUUUUGUGCGCCUGAAAAUCAAAUUUUUAGGGCUGUGCAGGAGUGGGUCGAAUCUGCAGAAGAGAUGAGUGAAGGAGAUUUUAAAGACAUUUUGGACACAGUUCGACUUCCCCUCAUAAGCUUACAUGAUUUGUUUAACACUGUGCGGCCUUCAGAGCUUUACUCUGCUGAUGCCGUUCUAGAUGCAAUUCAAAUUAAGACAGAAAGCCGAGUUCAUGAAAUGAACUUUCGAGGGCAUUUGGGUAAGUUAAUGCACAAAAUUGAAACAGUACAGCAAUAACGGCAAUGGUAUGAAUACGACAUAUGCGGUAAAAAUGAAUUUAAGGUUUGAAAGGUUCUUAAUUAGUUGAAUGUUGAAGUUAAGAUAUUUUUGAUAGGAAUGUCUUCAACCCUUAAACACUCUAGUAUCAGUAAGUGUAUUCUCCAUACUGUUCUCUAUAAAUUUCUUAUUGUACUGACAAGGAGACUUUGUUUAAGAAACAAGUGCCUCUUGGGCUUUGGUUGUGAAAUAAAUUUUCCUCAUCAGUACCAUGGGAAUUGUAUAGAGAGCAGUAGGGGACAGUAAUGGCCCAAGUGGAAGACAUCAUUAGGCAUAAAAACUCAAAAUUUCUUAGUUAAAUAUUCUCAGUCAACUGAUAAGUCAGUCACUCCCCCUUUGGCUCUGAUGGUGGUUUCCUCUCAGUCUGUUAAACUGUUAAAUGAUUAAAGGGGGUAAGUUUCUAAAAAAGAUUGUGGUAAUGUGUUGGUGCAAGAGUAUAACAAGGUAAUUUGGUACUAUCAACUGAGUUGAUAAUUGAGUUGAUAAGGUAAAUUGGCUACUAUAAAGAGUUUCAAAGCUGAUGUUUCAAGUGUUGGCCCUCCAUCAAUUGCUCUGAUGAUGGGGUUAAGUGAAUGACAAUGGCCAAUUUACGUUAUCAACUCAGUUGAUAAUACUAAAUUGCCUUGUUAAGCUGUUAGUCACAUUGACUGAGACCAGUUUCAUUUAAGGGUACCUUAACUCACACCAUGUCUCUUACCUUUGUGACAGAACUUCAAGGAGUUCAUCUGUUGUCUGUUUGAUUUCUCAUUGGCUGACAAUAAUGUUAAUUUUUCCUCCGUCAACUGAGAAUUGCUGUAAUUUAUUAUUAAUUGUUUUAACAAGUGAAGGCAGGCUUCGAUUGAGUUUGAACCUGUCACUUCUCAAUAUAAUUUGGGUUAUACUACCCAAUGAGCAUGUUGUAGCUACAUCAGUUACAGUAUAAGAGUUGGGAAAAAAUAAUGGGCUCUUUGUUCCCUGUAAAGAGAUCUGAUCACAAGUAUUUUAACUACUGUAUUUCAUUCAAACUUUUUAUGUCAAUGCCUGAGUUCAAACCUUCUCUAGUUCCAGAUGAAAACAUUGCAACUUCCCAACAUGGUGCUGAGGUGAUUGAAGGAGAAAUGAGAGAGUCCCUGUUGGAUGGUGACACUGCAAAUUUUGACCUGGAUCGGGGAUUUACAAGACAUCUCAUUCUAGAAGGAGACAAAGGGAUCUGUAUUGCACUGGGCAGACCCAGUAUAAUAAACAAUAUCAAGAUGUUGUUAUGGAAUAAAGACCCAAGAUCUUAUUCAUAUUACAUAGAGGUGUCUGUCGACAAUGAAGACUGGAUUAGAGUGAUUGAUUACUCUAAGUAUUUCUGCAGGUCCUGGCAAAGGUUGUACUUUAAACCCAGAGUUGUCAGGCAAGUGGUCAAAAGUUGGGUGUAAACUAAACCAAAACCAUUUGAUUGUGAUGAUGAAUGAAAUGUUUUUCAAGUAAAUAUCCAAAAGUCUUUAGUUAAAAUAUUUUAAACUUAGCUUCUUGAUCAAUACUAAUAGCAGUAUGUGAGAGUCAAUUCAACAUGAGAACUUGAAUUAAACUCUAAUGGAAGAAGCUUACCCUAGCACAAAUUUUUACUUUUCUUAAUAUACAAUGUGCCUUUUUGGUCAGAAUUUCUGACUAAGGGCUUAAGUCUAUGGCAAAAUGCCAUGAUUUCUACACAUGACUUAUUUUUUAUGUAAGAGUGAGAAGUUGUAAACAAUGGAACAAAAUGCUGCUUUUAAGUCAUAUAUUUAUAGGUGGCACUUUUCUUUUAGCAAUUUUGCAUUUAUUACCCUUUGUUCCUAUGGGAGCUGUUGUGGCCCAAUAGCUAAAGAGUUGGACGCAGAGGUCUGGGUUCCAGAUCUAGCUGGGACAUUGUGAUGUGUCCUAGGGCAGUGCCUCUCUCUGACCAGAAGUAUAAAUAGGGACUGGCAAAUUGUCAGGGAAGCCUGAUAAAUUGCUUGGGGGUACCCUUGUGAUGGACUAGCAUCCUGUCCCAGGGGGAGUAAUGAUACUCCUUGUUGCUUCAUGCCAUAGAAACUGGAAUAAGCUCUGGCUGAAUAAACCACUUGGCUAAGGUACAGACUUAACCUACCCAGUAAUUUGUUCCCAAUGCAAUUUCCUCAAUUUUGUUAUUGUAGGUAUAUCCGGGUCCUUGGAGUUCACAACACUGUCAACAAGGUUUUCCAUUUGGUACAUUUUGAGUGUUCAUACUCCAAUACUACAUAUCAGCUGGGAGAGGAUGGUGUUAUUGGUGAGUUUCAAUUAUGCCCUCGUUCUGUAUGCAUGGAUGCAUGUAAUAUGCAAAGUCAAGGCUAAUUGUCAAACUUACAAUCAUGUGGUAAGUUUUGUGAAACUAGAAACUUGUCUAUUUUAGCUUAAUCCUUUAACUCCCAAGAUCUGAUUGUUAAUUCUCUCCUCCAGCUGCCACAGAUUUCCUUGUAAAUUAGUUAUGAGAACUUGGUGUUAGAUCAAAAUAGCAGCUUCAACCUGAUAAGUUCUAAUAUUCUCAUGAAAUUAUUUGCUGAAUAAUUUAAGGAUAUUCUAGGGAAAAGUUUCAUGUUAAUCACUUCUGGGAGUUAAAGGGUUUAUGUAUUUUUAACAAGUUCCACCAGACAGAUUCAAAACUAGAGCCAAUUAUGUUAGUUUGCUUGUUUUUACUUUGAAUUCCCAUUGGCUUUUGGUGGUGUUAUCCUUUGAGCUAAUUUGCUGUUGUGAUUACCUUGGUUUUGUUUUUUUUGACACUACGUUGAAAUGGGUGCUAAGGAAUUCUUUAUUAACCCUUUACACCCUAAAAUCAGCAUGCAUAUUCUCCUUACUGCUCUUUAUACAUUUCAUAAGAUGCUGACAAGGAGAAUUUGUUUACCAAUCAAAAGCUUCUUUCGUUGGUGAUCAUUUUUUUUAUUCUCAUGACCUUAAAGUGUGAUUCAGGAGUGACAUUGUAGGGAGAAAUUUGAUGCUGGUCACUCUUAGGGUUUAAAGCCUUUGACCCCUAAUAGUGACUAACAUCUAAGUUAUCCUUGAAUCACACAUUGAGAUCACAAGAAUAAGCUCUUGAUUGUUCAACAAAUUCCCCUUGUUAGCACUGUAGGAAAUGUAUACAGAACAGUAUAGAGAUUAUGCAUACUGAUGUUAGGGUGUAACGGGUAAAGUUGACUUGAAAAUAUGUUUUGUUGAGUAAGUCAUUGAUAUUUUCUUGUAUGUAGUCCCAUUUGAGAAUGUUGCCUUGCCGUCACUGGGAGCAAGUGUGAUUGAGGGUGUCAGUCGAAGUCGUAAUGCCCUUUUAAAUGGAGAAGUUGGAAAUUACGACUGGAACAUUGGUUACACUUGCCAUCAGCUGGGAAGUGGUGCCAUUGUGGUUCAGUUACCUCAGCCCUACAUUGUUAGCACAAUGAGGUAAGGAACCUAUGAUAGCCAUGGAAAUUCUCCUUACAAAAUCAUCACAUCAUUAAGUGAACUGGGAAUGAGAGCAGAGAGAAAUGUCAACUGGAAUUUAGUUUCCAUCUAGAGCCAAACUGUUAGAACUGAGAUACAGACACAUGUUUGGUAAUAGGCUAGAAGGCCCAAUACAACAAAAACAACAAUACCAACGACAUUUAAUGGUGGUAAAACUUACCUAAUGUACAUUAUCAAUGAAUGCAGCAUGUUAAAGUAGAGAAGAAAGAAAUAAAACCAUAGGCUUUCCCUGAUUUAAAAACAAAGACCAGACAACACCAUUUCAUACUUAACCUGAGAAAGUUUUCAAAAUUUGAGAUUGUGGUUGGUAGAUUCUGCCAAAAAAAAUUGCUCUUCCCAUCACAGCAAUAUUACAAUAUGAUAGGAAUAAUACAUUUCACUUGUAGACUUCUUCUCUGGGAUCUGGAUGAACGAAAGUACAGCUACUUCAUAGAAGUGUCAUGUGAUCAACAGAGUUGGGUUCGAGUUGUGGACAAGACAAAGGAAGUAUGCAGGUGAGGAAACACUGAGCAAGUAGAUAAGAUGCUUUAACCCCUUAACUCCCAUGAGUAACCACGACAGAAUUUCUCCUUACAUUCUCAAAACAAUAUCAAGCAAACAAGUGAUAAGAAUACAGAAAAGUAUCAAUUAGGGAAUUAUUAGUUGAUCCAAUACCAAGUUUUCCAAACUGACAUCAUAAGGAUUGUAUGGCAAAUGGUGAGAAGAAUUACUAAUGAGAUCUUGCGAGUGAAAGGGUUAAAAGACGGCAAACAAAAUUUAGUGCAAGUGAUAAGUAGAGGGAAGUGUGGUCAUCAGAAUUGUUUUAUCUUGCUCAUUCUCAUCGUGAUCAUGGUUGCCAUUGUCGUCAUUAUCUCAGGUCAAUGUAGCAGUAUCAUAAGGUUGUCAUGUUUUAACCCAUCCAGGCCACUUGACCCUGCAAUGAUUUGUCACCACCCAUAUAUACUCCCGUCAGGAGGAAUGUACUCCUCAAGCAAUUGAACAAUUUGUCGCAUAACACAAUUCAACAGCAGUACUUGUCAGCCUUGGUUCUUUCAAUGUAAAUCAUAAGGAAAUUUAGUAUGUUGUGCACAGAAUGCAAUGCAGAUGUUAAUUUUUCCCUGAACAAUGAAAAAUAUAAGAGCACUCAGUUUCUUUGAAGGUCAUUUGUGAUAGGGGUUUUACAAUGGAUUGCUCUUUUCACUCUCAAGAUAGCUAGUCUGCAACAACUUGUUUUGAAAUUGAUUUAUGUUCAAGAAAGUUAUAUGUUAAUUCUACAAUGCCAAGGAUUUCAUAACUUUUGCUCUGGAUAAUUUCUCCUCUUUUAUCUUAUGUAGGUCAUGGCAAUAUCUUUCCUUUGAGCCAAGACCAGUGGUCUUUGUGCGUAUUGUUGGUGUUGAGAACACUGCAAAUGAGGUAACAGACUCCUUAAAUUGAUUUGCCCAUUAAAUACAAAAGCUGUUGAAAGGAGCAUACAUGUGUUUUCAAAUAUACCCAUAUUCAGCAUGUUCAGAGAUAAAUUUUAAAAUUAGCCAUCAUGUUUAGUAUUGGACGUGUAAACUGUGCAUUAUCAACACUCCCACCCAGUCUAAGACUUUAAGUCCACAAGACAGUCUUAUCAAAGACGCUUAUUACUUUACUUGCACAUCCCUGGUAUGUGUCAAUAGAUGGAAAUCUCCCAUGGUGGGGAAAAGACAGAUAUCAGCUAUCUUGAAAUGAGAAUUUUGUGCAUGCUGCCAUGUUGGAUCUUGUUCCACUGUACAGUUGUCGUCAUUAUCUGUAUGAUCCUCUUGGGACUAAUGCUUAGAAAAGAGUUCUUUUUUAUUGUAAUAGCGGCAACCAAGUGAUUUGUAUGAUCCAAAAUGGCAGUUGAGGUAAAAAUCCAAUCUAAUCCUAGAAACCAAAUCCUGCGGCACAUAUCCCUGUUCAGUUCUAAUAUGGAAGUGAAAUAGAGGGUUUGACACCUAUAUACAGAAAAAAACUAAAGGACAAAUAUAGACAAAAACUUUUGUCACCAAAGGAAAAAAUAUCUUCAAAUGUUGAAAGUUCCUAUCAUUUAAACUGUGAAAUCUUUGAAAACCUCCUCAGGUGUUCCAUUGUGUGCAUUUUGAGUGCCCAGCUAAUCACAAAGAACCUAUGAACUGCAGCAGUGAAAUGACAGACAGCUCGGAGCAGAGUGCUGCAUCAGAUUCCACUAUUAGUUCUAUCAUGUGACCACUGAUGGCCAUCGUUCUGUGAUUUAUCAAAACAGCAACUCAUCCAAACAUAUUGCAGAUAUUUUAUAUAAUAAGUAUAGAGUGAAAGGAAUGGCACCUCAAAUUUAAAAUAGUUAAAAAAAUUGCGGUUCUUGUUUUGUAAAUUCCCAUAUCCUACACUUCAGCUAAGCAACAGGCAGUGAUUUAUUGCAUAAUCAGAAAGGCCAGCUGACAAAUGGCAACAGAGGAACCAGUUUCACUUGAAUCCGCUGGUGUUACAAACACAACUUCCUUGUAUCUAAGUUUGUUGAGUAAAGUGUUUGGAACAAGCUAAGCCAGAAUCCUCUGUAAAUAGUUGAGUAGGACCUGGUUUGGACUUUGUGUCAGCCAUUAAACUGACCACCUUGUGCAGAGUACAUGAUAGUAAAAAGUUGAUAAUUGUGGCUACUUCAAUUUGGAAGAGCCCAGCUGUUCUGACUUACUGCUUGUCUACCGCAGAGAAUUUUAAUUCUGGAAUGGCUUUGAUUCAAAUGGAAAAUUUUAUAUGUGGCAAACUAAACCAAAUGCAAUGAUUAUGGCAGCAUAUUUGUAACCCUUUACCAAGAUCAUAAUGUUAAUUCUCCCCUCUAGCUGCUUCACAUUUCCAUGUAAUUUGGUUAGGGGAAUUUGGUGUCCACCCAAAAGUAAAUUCAGCUCAGCAACCGUUGGGUAAAUCAUUUUCCGCUUGAAGUGAUUCAGUAUAUGAACUGAUAACUGGAGCCGAGUAUCUACAGUUUCAAAUUUAUUAAUGUUAUGGAUCUUUGUUAAUAUGAUGCUUUAAUUUGCAAUUUGAGUACAGCAAAUCAUAUGAAAUUCGGGUGUACUUACAGAACUUUUAGGAAAUUGUGUUGCAUCUGUUAAUUUUAAUGUCACUAUUCUUACUGUAGUCAAAUUUUAAACUUCUGGAUGGUACACUGUUGUGUAUAGCUUAUAGUCUUGUUUAUUUGCGUAAUUUAAUCGUACU